GUUAAAAAUGAUUUAAUCCCAAGAAUUAAAGUGGAAACUUUAUGCAAAAUUCUUGAUGGUCAUUAUAAAGAAUUUUUUGAAGAUGUUGUGGUGGUGGAUUGUAGAUUUGAAUAUGAAUAUCAAGGUGGUCAUAUUAAUGGUGCUGUUAAUGUUUCAUCUCAACAAGAAUUGGAGGAAAAAUUCCUGAAUGAUGUUAAACCAACAAAUAAUUUCCUUGCAAGUGAUCAAAAUAAAAAAAAUUCAUUGAUUGUUUUCCAUUGUGAAUUUAGUUCUUAUAGAGGUCCU